ACUUCCAAAUUUUUUGCUCAAAGUGUUUUGUUGGCAAGCUGUCAAACCAUACAGGGGCCGGAGAUACGAAGGGUGGUGGGGUGGCGCCGGUAGGGUUGAUUAUCAAACAACAACAUUGCUCCGAAUUUGGGAAAGAUUGCUCGUGAUUUACUCAAUGAAAGUAGAGCCAAAAUGUUAAAAUGGUUGCAAAUAGUGCCUAGAACGUGUAGUACCGCACCAUCGCGUACGCUCUUUGGUGACAGACGAGUGCAGCGGGCAUUUCGCGUCCAGGAUCAAGAACCACCCAACAACGUGACGAACAAGGAUGAUCUUUCGCUCCCCCUGGAACCCCUGGAUGAUUCCAUAUCGGCAGCCACGGCGUUGUGGCGUAAGCAGGAGCUACUGGCACGGCUGAAGAGCCUCCUGAACUGCAGUCGCGAGCAGACCGAACUGCUGUACAAGGCCAACCGGAAGGCGUUGCGCGUGUUUGCGCCAAAAAUGCUCACCGAUAACAUCGAGGUGCUGCGUGCGAACGGAGCGGAAGAUAGAUACAUAUUUGAAGAUCCGUCUGUCCUCUCGAUACCUACAGCGGAAUUGUUAGCGAAGAUUGGAGUGUUGAAGGAAAUGCCCGGCCUGCGCCUGCUGUCGGAUCUGGGUCCGUUUUUGAAGCUGCCGAUGAAAUCACUCGAAUGGAUCGUAGACCACGCACGAGCUGAAACGAUCGAAGGAGGCAAUCGGGUUUACUACGUUAGCGAGCGCACCAACACGGACAUCAUUACGGUGGCCAGGUUCUUCGCCUCGAAUUUUCGCGUGUACCGAAUCGGGACGGAAAAGUUUGUGACCAAUUUGAACAUCUGCCUCGAGCACCUGGAGCCCGCUGAUGUGGUACGGCACCUGUCGGUGCUGGGGUACGCCUCUACCUCGAUACGAGAGCGCCUGAAGGCGCUGAAGAACUCUCCCCUGGAAAAGGUGAAACCAUGGAUGGUACGGGUGCCGGACAUCGCUCUUGGCAAAUCUUUUGAAGCCGUGCUGGAGAAGGGCAGGCAACCGGUGUUCAAGGAUGCGGUCACGGGCGUUUGGUUUGAAACGUUCGUGCACAAACGGACGGAAGCGCUGUUGGGCUGCUCCGAAGCGACGGCACGUGAGAUCCACGAGCGAUGCAAGGGAUCGGUUGCGCAGGUCGAUAAUAUCGAGUAUCUGCUGGAGAAGGGAGUGUCGGCAUCGGUAAUCCACAAGCAUGCGUCCGUGUUGAAUGCCAAACGUGAAGAUCUACAGCAGAAGGUGGAGGCCCUGGAGGGAUUAAAGUGUCUGCGAGACAUCAACGAUGUGAUACCGCUGUGCGCGAUCAAACCGUUCCAGGUGAAAAAGAUCGUGGCCAGCCUGAACGAUGAAGUGCUCGAUGAGGCAGCGAGCACGAACCGGAUUUACUUUUUCGCCGACAGCACGGGCUUAGCGCCGGGCGAUGUGGCCGCCCAGUUUGCCCGCCGUACCUUCAUGUUUCGCGUGCCCAAGGAAAAUUUUCUCGAGAACUUGAAGCUCUUUCUGCAGUACAUGAACCGAGAGGACAUACUGGCCGAUCUGUGGGCGUUCAAGUACUCGCCGGCUAUCGUGGCGGAACGGAUUGAGCGUGCGAGGCAGGUGCGGGGCAAGAAGCUGAUGCCCUGGAUGGUGCGCUGUCCGGAUGUGGUGCUGGAGAAAUCACUGCAGCUCACGAAGGAAAGCGGUGCCCUGCUGGGCGAGAACGAGACGAUCGUCGAGUAUUUCUGCAAGCGGUUGGGCUUUAGCCCGGAGGUGGCGAAUGCGAUCAUCAUCAAGACACCGGCGGUGCGUAACGUCCGGAUCAUGAAGGUGAAGAAGGUGAUAGAUUACUUGCUGGACGAGCUGGACUACACGCCGCACGACAUUGCCCUGAAUCCGCGCAUCCUGAUGCACAGUUUGCAGACGACGAAGAAGCGGAUGGAGCAGCUGAAGGCGAUCGGUUGUCGACCGAAAUCGUUGAUCAUCGUGUGCAAGAGCGAACGGCAGUACGACAUGUUCGUGAAGGAAUGGGAAGCGGCCAAAGAUCGGUUGCAACAGUACGGCUAAUCUGUAGGCAACUUGAUACUUAGCAGUUUAAUAAUGUGUUGUACAAAAGCAAGUAAAGAAUGUAGUUGAACUGAAGUACUGAGUCGUAUAAGGAGGACAUUCAGUCCCGCAAUAAUCGUCCACCUUUUAAAAUCACC